AUCCCAGCACCCCGCCUCCAGCAUCAAGAACAUGAACGGCCUCAUACCAACUCCCUUCUGCACGAUUUUGACGCGAAGCUUUCUCUGCAGACACUCAAUCCACUUCUCAAAAACACUCAGUCAAAUCUGCGAACAUAGAAAACAGCCCUUCAGCAUGUCCUCCCACAACUCCCAAAAAGAAGCCAAAAAAGCCCUCCGAUCAGAUAUAAAAUCCCGACUCUCCCAACUCUCUACACAAGACCUCACUGCACAAUCCGAAAAAGCUCAAAACAUUAUUCUAAACUCGUCACAAUACCAAAAUGCUCGACGAGUUGGGAUAUACCUCUCUAUGCCGCAAAGUGAAGCACAGACGGAUAUAUUGAUUCGGGACGCGCUUUCAUCAUCGCAAGCCAAGAAAGUCUGCGUGCCUUAUAUUUAUUCGGUCAAGAAUGAUGAUGCCACAUCAAAGAAACGGACGACGAAGGUCAUGGAUAUGUUGCAACUGGAGACGAUAGAAGAGUAUGCUGGACUGGAGAAGGAUGGGUGGGGCAUCCCGAAGUUGUCUGAUCAGGGGAUUGAGCAGAGGGAGAAUGCGAUGGGAUGGAAGGGGUUGUCGUCGAUGGACGCUGAUGGAAGUCGAGUAGAGAAUGAAGGUGAUGCAGCGAGAGAAGCUGGUCUGGACCUGAUCGUCGUGCCUGCUGUGGCUUUUGAUCGAGAACUGAACAGACUCGGUCACGGCGCAGGAUUCUACGACAAAUUCCUCACGCGGAAUUUUGGCGAUGGGAAGAGCAAGAAGCCGUAUCUCUUCGGACUCUGUCUGGCAGAGCAGAUUGUGCCUGAGGGAAAACUCGUCAUGGAACCUUGGGAUUGGAGAGUGGACGCCGUGGCCGUGGGCGAUGGCACAUUGCUGACUUCAGAUGAUAUCCAAUGAGCAUUACAGUGUACCGCAUUUGAGCGCGCAGCAUGAGG